AUGAGAUUUUCACUGUACAUACCUGCGGUUAAAAAUGUAACAAAGUAGCUGGCUGCAAUUAAAAGAACUGAGAAGAAACGAGGCUCAUUAUCAGCAGCACUUAGCAGUAGAAGCUUUUAAAACUCAACGCUAACUCGGGCCUCUAAUGGGACAUUUAUAUGUAAAUAUAUACAUAUAUAUAUACUUGUUUACUAACAGAUGACAUCAAUGAAAAGAUUUUCUUUCAGUUAACUACUUUUUUAAAGUGACGUUUCGGAAAUAUAUUUUUCAGUUUUCCAGAAUAAUGUUUCCACAUUCAUAUUUAGUGUGAAAAAAAAAAAAAAAAAAAAACAGCCUCAAAAUCUGUUGAUGUCUACUAAGUUUCAUUUGUACUUCUGAUCUGUUUUCGUUUUGAGUGAAAAGGGCUUUAAACUGUCUGUACAUUUACAGUACAUCUGUAAUAAUAAUCGAGUAUUUAUGAUUCAACACUACCUAGUUGCAUUCCUAGAUGUUAAAGUUCAUCUUUUCUUUCUAUGUGAUGUCAUUUCCUCCUGUUUAAAUACACUGCAAUGACACCCAUCAUUCAGAAUAUUGAGAGUGAUUCUGCUCGAGAAUGUGUGUGGGCAGAAACUUGUUUGUUCCAUGUAGAAUGACAUCGUAUAGUUCUGGAUAACCGCAAUGGUUUGGACCAAACCACCAAAUGAAACUCCAGACAAGCACACGCCCAGAGAAGAGGAGGUCAGAGUGACAAACAUCAGAGUCAAAUUUAGACCCAGUUGAAAUGUGAAUGAAUAAACACACACUGACAGUUGUUUGUGUCGCAGACGGGCUGUAUUAAUGUUGCUCUUCGUUUGUGAACGUGUUCAUAUUUGCUUUGAUUAAGAAUUUCAGCUUUAGCUCUAAAUAACAGAAUCAAGUGAGUAGAGAAGAGGACAUGAUGAGUUUACUGCUGCUGCUGCUCCUGAUGAUGAUGUUUACAUCCAUGUGUGAAUCUCUGGAUACAGCCGCACUUCAAGAGGCCACAGUUUAUCUAAAGCGUUAUGGUUAUUUAUCCUCCUCUGUCAGCGCUGAUCCGCAAGAACUACAAACAAAACAAAUGAAUGAGGCGCUUCGAAUUUUCCAGAAGGUCACUGCGUUACCUAUAACCGGCCGCCUGGACAACCGAACGCUGAAUAUGAUGAAAACCCCCCGCUGCGGGCUGAUGGACCCCUUCAACAGGAUCCUGAAAUAUCGUACACUGGGUCACUGGCGUAAGAAGAGGUUGACUUACCGCAUCUACAACUAUUCACCUCAUCUGGGUUUCACUAAAACACGAGCGGCGAUUCAAGCCGCCUUCAGAUACUGGAGCGACGUCACACCUCUUCACUUACACGAGAUCAGCAGAGGUCACGCGGACAUUCAGAUCUCCUUCCACAGGAAAGACAAGGGCUGUGCGGUUCCUUUCGAUGGACCAGGGCAGGUUUUGGGUCACGCUGAAGCUCCCGAGUCCGGCACUGUUCACUUUGACGCAGAUGAGGUGUGGACUGAGGGGCGGAGCUCCGGAUCAAACCUCCGCAUUGUCGCUGCCCAUGAGAUUGGCCACGCCCUCGGAUUAGGCCACUCCCAGUACCACGGCGCUCUCAUGGGCCCUGUAUACACUGGAUAUCGAGAGAGUUUCAAACUGCAUCCGGAUGACAUUCGCGGUAUUCAAGCUCUGUACGGAAAACCUGUGGAAAGACCGUCCACUGACCCAAGACCCUCAGAUGGCAACCCUUCUGUCCUGGACCCCUGCACCGCGGUACCGGAUGCUGUCAUGUGGGGGCCUCUUCAGAAGACAUUUGUAUUCAGCGGUCAUCACGUGUGGACACUCUCAGAUUCCGGUUAUGACGCUCCCGUUCAGAUUAAUGCACUGUGGAAAGAGCUGCCUGGCAACAUCAAUGCAGCUGUACACUCGCAACGAACCAACAAAUCCUAUUUUCUGAAAGGGGAUAAAGUAUGGAGAUAUUCUGGCUUUAAGCUGGACCAUGGAUAUCCAAAACAACUCAUCAUUCCGCCCAACAUACAUGCUGCUUUCUACCUCAACAGCUACAAAAGUCUCAUUUUCAUUAAGGGAUCAGAGUUUUGGCUUUGGGAUGAACUCGGAUCAGGUAAAGAUCUCCUGCGUUACCCAAAACCACUCUCACAGCUGAUCACUGGUUUACCCUCAAAUCCAGAUGCAGCCUUCACUUGGACAAAUGGACACGUCUAUGUGUUCAAAGGAGAGCAGUACUGGCGCGUGAGUCGCGGGAUGUUUGUUGAGAAGGGUUACCCACGCCGCACCAGAGAGAGAUGGAUGCAGUGUGACGAUUAAGCAUGCAGGGAGCAGCACACAAUAAAUAAUGAGACUUUCUAAUUGUAUUCAUGAUUAUAUUCUCAAUAUACAUUAUAUUCAGUUUAACAUAGUGGUUUUCAACUAGGUGUCCGGGGUCCACAAGGGAGCAGCAAGAGGACUUCAAAUUAAUUUAAAUACAUUUUAAUAAAUAAUCCUCAUUAAAUUGCUUCAAAAAACACAGAAAAUUAAGAUGUGGGCUGAAAACAUGUAAAGUAACAUUAUAUUAAUCACUGCUGAAAACUGAGCUUCCCCUCUUCCUGUCCUUCUUAAUUCAGGUGUUGUCACUGCAGAUCUGUACGGUGCAACCUGGACAAUCAAAAUGGACACAUUUGUUAUUAGUCUCCUCAAAAACUGUCCUUGAAACUUCUGGAAUCCCAAAAAUCAUGAUAAAUAUUUUUAAUAUACUGACACACACUUGUUGAGUUCGGCGAGGGGCCUUUGAAUACUGUCUUGGUCAAUGAUGGCCCUUGGAGUCAAAAAUGUUGAGAUCCACUGGACUAACACAUCAUAAAUAAUAAAGAGCACCAUAAUUGUAGACACAUGUCAUAUAAUUAAGAUGUCUUCAGUUUAUUAGUAAUCUCUCUCUUUUUCUCUCACUCAUUUGUAUCCAAAUAAACUAUAAACAUAUGUA